AAACUAGCGCGACACAAAACGAACGAUUCGCAAGGUGAUCCGAAGCUCAUCCGGUCGAAGCCUCGGUGUCUCUGGUUAGUCCGAGGUUUGUACUGUCCGCGGAAUGCGACAUGAGUGCGAGCAGUUGUCAUGCGACAGGCGCUGGACUCUUGUGGACCCGAGCGAGAGAUACAGAAACGAGGGAGGAGACGAGCAGAGCUUUGACAUUUGCGUCUUUACGAGAACGCUCCCACGAGGUGACGAUUGGAGUUGAAAUCGGAUCGACUCUCUGACCGAUGCUGGGUCCGUGCCGCGCGAUCCCCUUUGCAGCGUUCCGUGCAUACCACGCUGUUGGACUUUUCGCUCGAGUUGGAAUUUCGUCGUCGCUCACUGCACCCGUCGUCGUCGUUGGAGUGACCGGCUCACGCUCGGUUUCUGCGGCUUCUUGCUGCCCUAGGCUAUUCUGUCCUGCGACGAGCUAUCUCUCGGAUUUUCGAACACCGUCUUUGCACAAGCUGAAUUCUUGGCGUCUCGCAGCGACGAUGCAUCGUUGGGCUCCAUAUUUUACGGGCUCUCGAUCCAUGGAAUCGCGGGAGGAUGCUCCUGCCGCGAUGAAGAGAGAACGAGGGAACUGCUUCCCGCUGUCGGAGACCUGCAAGCUCGUGCUUCAGCGAGGGGAUAUCACCAAGUGGCACGUCGACGGCCAGACCGAUGCGAUUGUCAACGCGGCCAAUCCGAGAAUGUUGGGGGGUGGAGGGGUGGACGGAGCCAUUCACGACAAUGCGGGCCCGGCACUGAGGAAAGAAUGCUUAACAAUUCCCGAGGUGGCUCGUAAUGUUCGCUGCCCGACUGGUGAAGCUAGAAUUACGAGCGGAUGCAAACUGAAAGCCUCGAAAGUCAUACACACAGUUGGACCUAUAUAUCCAGGCAAUAAGAACGCGGAGGAACAAUUAAGGAACGCGUACAGGAAUUCGUUGGCCCUUGCCGUUCAAAGUGGCGUGAAGUACAUCGCUUUUCCUGCUAUUUCGUGUGGUGUAUAUGGAUACCCGGUUGAUGAAGCGUCAGUUAUCGCGUUGAAUGCUGUGAGAGAAAAUUGCGCAGGUUUGGAUGAGGUUUACUUUAUUUUAUUUGAUCAAAAAGCUUAUUUUGCCUGGCUGGAGGAAGCUCAAAACAUAUUUCCUUCCUGACAACCAACAAGAUAGCAACAAACAACAGAUACGCACACUGUCAAGGUGAAAGUGGUAUUGUUGAAAUAAAACAAUUAUUUGUUCUGAAAUCUCGCUUUCUCACUAUUAGCUUGUGACCAGACUCAAGUCAUGUAUCCAGAAGUUUCAUGGCGAAACUAUAAAUUAUACUCUUUGUCAGUGUGCACACUUUUAACGCAUCCAUACUGACUGAGGAAAAUUUCCAGAAUGUGUAACAGAGUAAAGAGUAGGACGUGAUCUUCUGCAUGUAAAUGGAUUUCCACAGUUGUACAGAUUAGCCACAUUAGUCCACUCACGGCGCCAGAGAAGUAGACAGCGUGACUGAAGUGGUAGGAUACAACAAAAUUACCUGUCUUUGUAAAAAGUUUUUGUGCACGCGACUGAAUGUUCUGGUGGACGCGGCUGAAUGAGAUUGACAAUUUACAAUGCGAGAUGCUAUUCCAUCUGUCGUUAUUUUUAACAGUUUGACACUGUAAACUUAAAGAUCUCGAGGAUUUUAUAGUUUAAACCCUAGUUGACAGUGCACAUCUAAGU